UUUAUAGCAAAAAUAGAAAUAAAAUACAAUAUGAAGUCUCUAGGAGAUAACAAUCUAGAAAAAGUAGUUCCAAUGAAUGUGGUUGUAGAUAAGAAGAUACAAAGAGUGCAGAAAAUGAUGGCUAAACACUCCCUCAGUAUUGAACCAUCAGACCAGAGAUCUCUAUUUGAAAUAAAUUAUCAGGUACUGGUCAAAUUUCCUAGUAUUUUAAGUCAUAUUUCCCUGGUGAUGCACAUCAUUCUUUACUCUAUGUAGAAAGAAGAUGAUUUUGAAAAUGAUUAUGAAACCAACAUGAUCAAUUCAAGGUAUAUGGACAACCAGAAGGAGAAGAGAAUCAAGGCAUUAAAGUUCUUUGACCAAGCAGGCAGAAUGAAAUAACACCAAUCACAGUUAUCACGAGAAUGACUUUCUCAACUUCAAGUCCUCAAGGAAGAUCGAUGUUCAUAAAUCACAGAUAUUGAAGAGAAGAAAUAUGAGAUAUAAUCUUGAGCCUGGCUAUGCCCUGGCUAAGUCUAAGGAUUUUGCGAGAUAUACUAAACCUAAUGAAGAUUUACAAAGUAUCUCCAGUUCAAAAGUUCAGAAAAGCCUUUAUGCUCAUAAGAAGUAUAUAUCACAUGCAAAAACCGUUGAUAGAGCGCUUGCCAAUAAGAAGUUGAAGGAAAGCUAUUCUGAUUCUGGACCAAAACUACAACACAGUAAAUUACUCUACAGAUUUAUUCUUAAUUCCUUCUUCCAGUAGUUUAUCUCUUUUAGGUAAUAGUAAAAUCGAUUCGCUAGAGAACAUUCCUCAAAAAGAGUAUCUCAAGCAGGUAGAUUUGGUACUAGAUGAGCUGGAAAUAAGUGGAAUGAAUACUAAAAGCCAUAAAGCUGCCAAAAAUGUACAAAACGUGCAAUCUGACAGCUGAGCCUAUUCCUCCAUAUUCUCCAAAAUUCAUAAGAAAUUGGUUGAUGACCCUUCAUUGGACAACAAAACGACUUCCCACUGAAUGGAUAUUCUCAAGAGAAUUAAUGAAGGAUAUUUCAGUACAAUCCAAAGUCUGAGUAAACAUCAUGUUUACAAGAAACUUGAGCUUGAAGAUAGGAUUAAGCACUUGGAAAAUAAAUUUCUUGAACAAGCUGAACACAACGAGAGGGAAAUAAUGACCCUCAAAUAAGGAAAUUGACACCAAGAAUAGAGAGGUAGAGGAGCAUCGACUCAGAAGCAAACUUACUAAGCAACAAAAGGAAGCUCUCAAAUUCUUCCAAGACCAAUUCCUUGAAAGCAAAACAUUAAAGAAAGUUAUGGAGGAAGACCAUGAGAAUAUCAUGAAUGGGAAAUAAUGAACUGGCUAAAUUAUUGGCAACCACUCCUGAGAAAGUCACUGAAUCAGGAGUCACAGAUAUUUUGAAUAACUUCAACAGCACUUUAGAGAAUCAACUGGGAGCAGAAUCAUACACUGAACAGAUAAGGUUCUCUAAGCUUGAUGCUGAAAAGGAUAAGCCUUAUAAGAGUAUCGAGUCAGAAAUGAGCUUUAAGCUCAAGAAUAUCCAAAUGAGCACUGCAAAGAAGAUAGUUGACAGACUCGUAACCAAAUCAACCAGUUGUGAUGUUGAAGUCCAGACAUUGACAAUUGAAGAGCUUAUGAAAGAAUACUAUCAGCGUCAACUUCAUAUGGACAAAAUGGUUGAUAAAGUCAAACAGAAGUUAAAGUAUGAAGAAUCUCUUCACAUGAUGACAAAGGAAAAACUUAUCUGGUCUGAAAAGGAUAAAAUUAAACUCCAGAGACAAGUUGAUAACCUUGAAAAAGUCUUAAGAAGCUUAGAGGAAAAGCACAGAACUUUGACUAAGAAAUAUAUGGACUUUGCUCGAGAAUACAAGGACGUUGAAUACCAGAUAAAGUCAUUAGAAAAGAACCUCGAUAAGAGUAAAACAUUGAGAGCCCACUUAGAAAAUCAAGUGAAAGUACUAAAAAUCGAGAUUUCUCAAUUAAAAAGUGAGCCAGCUCCAACAAAAUCAAUGAAGCACAAGGAUAAAAAGUUAGAAUCCCUUCAGAAGAAAUAUGACAAACAAAAAGAAUUUAUUGGAGAACUCCAAGCCAAAAAUGAAGCUUAUUAUGACAAAAUAGUAUAUAUGGAAAGUAUCAUUAAAAACAACACAGAGCUAUUUGAUGAAUAUAAGAAGCAAAAGGAACAAGAUAAGCUCGAGAGAGAAAGCAGAGCCAGUAGAUGGUCAAGGAGAAGCAAUAAGAAUUUCAGUCGAAUCAAUAGCACUUUGAGUCAUGAUCCAACCAAAAACAAGGAAAGGAAGGCAACCAAUGAGUCUAAUCAAAGUUUUCUGAACCCAAAUGGCUCUGAUAGAGUUACUCGUAAAGGAACUCAGAAAAAUAACAAACUUGAUUUUUAUUCCAAUGAAAACGGGCUUGGCAGUGAUACAUUGGAAGAUGAUGAAGGCAAGUUUAAUUUUGAAUCUGAUGAAGAAGAGAAAGAUCAAAAUAAUAGAAGGAAAGGUCCUCCUAUUGUAAUUAGGGGACCAAGUCCUGAUGGAAAGAAAAAUAAUAGAGAACAAAGCAAAAAUAAGAUUAUGCAGGGCAAUCUAAGUCUUGAGCGCGAGUUGAAGAUCAGCAUGAGUCCAAAUAAAGUUGAAAGUUCUGACUUCACUAUCAAUACAAACAAGCUUAAAACUUCUCAAAUGAAAACUCUAGAAAUGAAAAAGCAAAAUAGGAGGCCAAUGUCCUCUCAUUCCUCUUCACAAAGUGAGGAAUUUCAGAUGAUAGCGAAAAAUAAUAAUGCUGAUUAUGAACAUGAAAGAGGAGUCAAACACAAUCAUAAGUUCAGAUCCCAAGUAGUAAUCAAAAGAGGACAAAGAGCAAGGUUUAGAGAAUCAGGUCAUGAAGUUAACGGUAAAACUGGAACCCAGAAUAUAAGAUCAAAAUAUGACUCAAAAUCUAACAUUUCUAAGCCUUUCCAAAUCAAAUCGACCGUUUAUACAGGUAAAGAGAAGGAUUCAAUAAGCUCAGGAAGAAUUGUAAACUACACUGAGCCACCUAGCAGAGUGACUCAAAAUGUUGGGACUCAGUUCCAUCGAGAGUUCCUCCCAAAGGAGGUAAUCUUAACAGAAGAGAGACUAAACGAAAUCAAGGAAGAUAUAACAACAAGUCUAAUUCUUGAACUUGAAAUCAGCAGAAAGCAUGUAAACAUGCUUACUGAAGAUCAAGAGAAGAUUCUUUACAAAAUGGGAAGACUUCUCGGGGAGUAUUACAUCAAAGACAAGAGUAGAGCUGCUAGAAAUCUCAACAAUAAUGCUAGUUUCUCUCCUACUAUCAAGCGAUCUAAAAGGCACAAAAAGUCUCACCAGAAAAUGAAGACCUUAAUCCAGCUAUCUAACGGUGGUGGGAACAUGAACCAGAAAUAAUUCCUCCUGCACUUUCCAAAAAUUCCAAUCCGGUUAAAACUAAGUCGUUUCCAAAAUUUAUUAAAAUUUUCAA